AUGUCACAAUACUCUAUGCCCUCGAGCCACCAGUAUCCAGACAGUGCAGGGCUGCAGGUCGUUCAUGACUCGACGGCGCCUGAAGUGCGGCCUGAAGAGGGCAAAAUAUUGUACGGAUUCUAUGGGCCGGAUGCCGCAAAACCACAUGCAGCCAGCGAUGGGAGCACAUUUCCGUCGGAUGGGAGGACCAUCACCACCGAGGGCAGGACUGUAGACGGCAGGGCCACAUCCGAGUUCGAUCCAGCAGCGGCGCCAGAAGCAGUACGAGAAGAACCCAGUCCCAAGUCUCAUCGACGAAUGUACAUCAUCAUCGGAGUAUUGGUGGCUAUCGUCGUUAUUCUUGCGGCGGUCUUGGGUGGUGUUCUAGGUUCAAGGGCGGCGCAGUCAAACAAAAGUACAUCUGACAAUAGUUCAUCCGACAGCAGCAGUUCAGAUCAACGAUCCUCGACCUCAACUGCGUCCACCGCAUCGAGUUCGCCCACGACCGCCCCAUCACAAGUAGCGAUUGCACCCAAAUCCCAUCUUGCCGCGGUCGCAUGGCAGGCCGAUGGAAGUUUUACUCGAUUCCUCUUCUACCAAGACUCAAAUGGGACACUUCGACAAUCACUCGCUGCCGGGUCGGACACGGUCGAUAAAGCUACAUGGGGAAACCCAAGCAAGCUGACACCAGAAUACUCGGUGAAGAACAACACAGGCAUAGCCGUCGGGCUUCUUCCUAUGAUUGUCAGCGAUCCAACUGUUCAAGUCGAAAUGUUUUUCCUCAACGACAGCUCUUCGGUCAACGGCAUCAACUUUGUCCGCUCAAAUGGCUUCAACCCGGAUAGCGUCAACAACGAGACUUUUAAGAACGCCAUCGAUGGGAGCGACCUGGCUGCUUACUGGCCAUAUAUUGCCUACCAAUCAAUCGACGGUAUUCUCCAGCUUAUCAUCUAUCCAUGGAAAAAUAAGGAUCUCAAGAUUCGGGCCAAGCAUGGAUCGAGGCUUGCUUUGAUCCCAACAUCGAGAAACUUCACGGAAAUCCAAGAUUAUGGCCGAUGGGCCUUGGUGUAUCAGAAUGAAGAUGGCAAGAUUAUAACACUAGAGGAUCCCGCAAAUCAGGGGGCAAGGAAAACUUACUCUGACCAAGAUGAUAGCUCAAAAUGGUGGGACUCAUCUUUUCCAAAUAUUGUCACAGACGAACUGGCUUCGAUCGCAGCUUUCUCAGUGGCUGCAUCGUCGUCUGAUGCAUCCAAAAAAGAAAUCAACGCAUUCAUUCUCUACCAAGACGAUUCCGGUACUAUUCAGCAAAUAUUCAGAGAUGGCGAGAAGAAUGAAUGGCAGCAGUCUACACCAGACGCAUUUAAAGGUGCCGACAAAGGGGCCAGCAUAUCCUGCGCGACGACGCCUACUUGGCAGACGGUACCCGAACUUGGCGAGAGGCUCCUCGAGUCAGUGUCGGACCUUAACAGUUGUUUCUUCAUGAAAGGCGGCGCUGUCAUGGAGGCUCGGCUAGACGGAACGUCCUGGACUGUUGCACAGGAGAUAAAAAAGGACAAGUUCUCUUGA